GGGGCGAGCGUCCCAAGCGGGGAGAAAGUAGGAGGAGGCGGCGGCCCGGCCCGGUCCCCGCCGGCCCCGAUGGCGCUUUUUUUCAGGAGAGGCCGGAAAGGCUCCUUCAAACAUAUAGCUCAUGGCCUGGUCCCUGCUGCUACCAUAGCUCCUAAACCUGCAGUUCCCCGCACCCCUCCCCCUCGUAGUCCAAACCCUUCUCCAGAAAGGCCCAGGUCUGCCCUAGCAGCAGCCAUCCUUGCAACAGCACUAACUGGGCGCACUGUUGCUAUUCCUCAGCCUCGGCAGCGAUCGCUUUCUGAAAGUGAUGCCACCUGUGUGGAACAAGAAUGCCUUGAACCAUAUGCAACAGUCACAGAGCUCAGAAUGGGGCCCAACUGCAAACUUGAUGGUAGUCACAGAUCUGUGCAAUCCCUGGAAACAACAGGCAAUUAUUGUGAUGAUGAGGACAUGGAGACUUACUUGUCAGAUGCUGAUAAAGAGGCAGAGUCCAGCUGUCACAGUAAUGAGAGAUGGGGAGAAGGCUUUAGCACCAAUGCUAUUUAUGCUGUUCCCUGCAAAAAGAUAAAGGAAGAGCGUCCACCACCUCCUAGUACUAAUGCUGACAAGGAAGAGGUGUCUUCUCAUGAAACUGAGUUUCAGGUGCUGGUGGAUGAGUCAAACAUGCAAAUAGGAGCAGAAAACCAGCACCCUGGCUUGAAUUUAAAGGAAGAAAAACCAUUAGCUGAAAACCUGAUCCGUGAAAAGCCUCCACCAUCUCCAGAUGUGUCUAUUCGGGCCAGGCAAGCACAGGAAAACGUGACUAAAGAAAAGCUCAGAGAACUUAAACAAGAAAACUGGUCUCUGAGCAAGGCAUACCAGGCUAUGGCCCAACAGUGUGAAGGGACAAAACAGCAAAUGGAACAACAGCAAAUCAAGCUGAAGAGACUAGAAAAAGAAAACAGAAGACUUAAAGAAGCUGCAGAGAAGUCAAGUAGAGAAGAGGAGGCUACAGAAUUACUUUCUCUCAGACAACAAGCACAAGAACUGGUAGAUGAAAAUGAUGCUUUGAAAAUGACAGUCCAUCGUUUAAAUGUAGAAUUAAGUCGCUAUCAAACUAAAUUCAGGCCAUUGUUCCAAGAAGAGCAUCUGAAACUGAAAAGUUUACCCAUGAAAGGACCACCACCACCAUGGCUGUUGGAUAUGAAGUAUUUGUCACCUCUUCUGUUGGCAUACGAAGACAGAAUAAGAGAAAAGGAAGAUUUAAACCUUGAGCAUGCGGAGGAUAUGAAGAAUUUUAAAGUACGAGUUGAAGAGUUAGUGAAGGAGAAUGAAGACCUGCAUGAGCAAUUAAAGAAAAAUAACUUCAUUACUGCUACAGAAUGGCAACAGCUGCAAACUCAGGCCAAGCUGGUCUUGGAAGAAAAUGGAUUGUUGAUGGAGCAGCUUGAAAUUCAACAAGCUAAAGCAAAAGACAGUCACAGGCAACAUGUUCAAGAAGCUUCAAAAUUGACUAAACAGAUAAUAAUCUUAGAAGAUAAGAAACGGAGUCAGGAAGAAGAGAUAGCAGAGUACCAGAGGCAGCUGGAAGCUUUGCGUUCUACUUGUGAAGAGCUGAAAGCCAAAGUGGAUAGCAGAAUAGCAGCAGAGGAGCACUUUGCUUUGGUGAAUGAUUUAAAAAGCCAUUUACAACAGGAGCAGGAGAAGCAGCGCUGUGAGGUGGAAGAGCUAACGGGGAAGAUCACAGCACUGCAAGCUCAAAACAAGAAACUGUGUUUAGAGAAAAAUAACUUCAUGGCUGACAAAAAGAUCCUGGAAACGGAGAUGGAAAAGACACAGAAGACAAACAGGAAAUUAAAGAAGAAAAUAGGUCUUUUGGAACUGCAGUUGGAGGAAGCAACAGAAAAAGAAAUGAUAACCCAUCACUAUCUAACAAACCUUAUUGGCUUGGUGGACAAGAUAGCUCAGGAACGUGAUCAUCUGACUAUUUUUAACAAAUGUUUAGAAAAUGAGAAUCAUGGUGUUCUCAACAAAAUAGUAGAAGACAGUCUACGCUUAGGAAGACUGGAAGAAAAGGUUAAGGUGUAUAGACAAAAAGCAGCUGGGAAGCUUGGAGAUAUCAGUCUCAAAAUGAUUGAGCAGGAGAAAGAAUUUGCCGGGAAGACUGCUCAGUACCAGCAAGAAAUGAAGCACCUCCAGUAUCUGCUGCAAGACAGACAGGAAGCCCUUGAUGAAGUGCUGCAGCAGAAAAGCUCCAAAACAUACCUUUUGAAGGAGGAAUUUAUUCUGGAUGACUACACUUAUUCUUAAGAAGAAUGUCACUCUGAACCUAGUCUUCAGUGACUGGGGGGUGGUGUCUAUAAAUCAAGAUCCAGGUUAAUUACUGAACAGCAUCUUCUGCUGAAAGCUCAACACUUUCUCCUGCACACCCCUCAACAGUUUUCAGCGUAGUAGGAAAUUAAAGGAAUGUAAUAAGUAUUCAUGUGAUGGGUUUCCUUUUGAAUCUACUUUUCUGCUGAUAAGUGACAUAGAUUGGCUACAUGCAUAGUAAAAAGAAGAUAAUUUAACUGAUUUACAGAAAAUUGUGUCUGUCAGUGUUGAAAUACCCUUUUAAUAUAGAGUCCUUUAAAGGUACUUUUGCCCUCUGGUAGUGGAAAGCUUCAUAGCACAUCAAUGUUAUCAGCAUACAGGAAAAACCGUUUACAACUGAAGAGAGGUAAUAAAACAAGUAAUUUUGCAAGUCACAGAAUCACAGAAUUGUUAAGAGUUGGAAGGAGCCUCUAGAGAUCAUCUAGUCCAACUCUCCCACUGAAGUAGAAAAGUCAUCUCUGCCAUUGGGAAAGAGAUUUAAAGAGAAUAGAAAAAGAGGACUUGGUAUCAUCUAGGCUGUAUCAGCACAGUUCCUCUCAAUUACUUGAUACAGUGCUGUUGAACAGCUGUGACUAUAUCUGGGAAUUGUACAGUGAACAUCCCACUACAUCUGAAAUUGAUGUAUGAGAAAACUAUUUUGACUAUUCCACAUUUCUCUGGAAAUACUUAUUCAGGAUUUUUAACUAAUUAAGUGCUUUUCAUACCUCUGGGCUCAUGUUACAAUUUUUGUUGUAGAGAAGAACUAGUUAAAUAAAGAGGUUUAUUUCAAUGUAGGAUAGAGCACAGUUCAAAUUCCAUAAUGUGGAUCAUUCAGAAUUUACCUUUUUAGCCCCAAACCAGGGAAAUGAGAUGACAUCACACAGCUGUGUCCAGUGAUUACACAUUGCAUACAGAAGUUAUACUAAAUAACAUUUUCCUCUUCAGUCUGAAUUGAUUAAUUUUUCCUUCAGUAAGCACACAAAAUUAAUACUUUCAACUGAUUCUAAAGAAGCAAGAUCUGCACAUGGAGCUACAAAAUAAUCCAGUUAAUGGUAUGAGGAUGAAGAAAAAUGGUUGUAUAGGGCUUAUUAUUUUCUCUCUCCUUUUCCUCCACACAGUCAAAUGUGUAAGAAAGGAAAGACUAUUUGUAGUUUAGAUACUGUUAGUAGUAAUCUGCCACCUGACAACUGAAGUCACUGGUGCCAGGACAGUAGCAAAUAUUUACAUUUAUUUCCACUAACUGUUUAUGGAGUAAAUUUAUAAUCAAGAAAACUGUCUAGCUGAAAAUCUUUCCAUUCAAAAUAUUUGUAUAAACAUUACAGGUAACACAUAGAAUAUAUACAUCGUGUAUUAGGUUAUCUAAUUUCAGUGUUUAGGUAACGAAAAUCGAAGUAACAUGCCACAUUUAAGCAGGAAAGCCAGUUUAAUUUAAAAUUUAGCUGAAGGUAUGCUGACUGUUUGGAUAGCUGAUUUUGUAUUUCUCUUUAGGAAGACUAAAGCAAAUUAAGUUAUUUUUAAGGCACUGACCACAGUCAGUCUAACCAAAAGCACUCUUUAAGUGCUUCACCUACUCUAAGUGGGUGAAGACAGAAAAGAAAACUUUUAAAUAUAUUUGGGUUUGCUCUUGCAUUUAGUUUUGUAAUAGUGGAGUUAGGAAGUCACACCAGUCUGACUUAGCUAUUGCCAUGAAAUUCUUUAUAAUAAAAUUUUACUGUAUCUAUUGUUGGUGAUGAGUUUUCUUGUCAAACAAGG